AUGAAUGAUUUCAUUGACAAAAAAACUAAGCCCAAUGUCCGUAGAGGAGGGCAGUCGUUGCGAAUGAGUCAGUUACUACGAGCUUCUUUGGCUAAUGUAUCUGAUCGUCCUCCUCCUCUUGACGUUGUCUUAAAUCACUUCAGCCAUCGUCAUCCAUUGCUGCGAUUGCACCUUCGAGAGAGUGAAGGAAUCAAUUGCACCUUUUGCAAUAUCAGUAUCUCUGGUUGGGCUUAUGCUUGUGAGAAGCAUUGUGGUUAUUACCUUCAUGAGGUGUGUAGUAACUUCCCUAGAGAAAUUCGCCACGAUUUUCAUCCCGGCAUUGACCACACUCUUAAUCUAAGGCCGUUUCAGUUGGCCAACAACAAUGAGAAGUUUCAUUGCGCUGCGUGUGGUGAUGAUGAUUCUAUUCAUUCUCUGUUCCGGUCAUACUAUGGCUGCGAGUCGUGCAAUUUCAAUCUUCAUGUUGAAUGUGCUUUAAUACCUAUAGCAUUAUCUCGUAAUGUGAAAUAUCCGCUUCAUCUGUUCCUUUUUUUCCAAAUAAAUUGUGAGGCUGCUACUCUCAUUUGCUCAAUUUGUGCUAAAGUUGUUCCCACUUCCGGGUGCUGGCUAUUGUACAACCAUGAGAAUGAUUACCUCUGUCACUUCAAUUGUGCUGCUGUAUCAGAAUACCGAAUGGAGAAUCAUUCUAUGGGUAAACUUCAAAACCAGCUGCAAACUCUGGCGUAA